GUGGGCGGAGUCAAACGUUUGAUGGCUCUGAGCGCACAAUAUUAAUUUUGGACUUUGAUCUUUCAUGGACACUAAGCGACAGAAAUGAUUCCUGCACUUACACUCGUCCUCUUUGCGUUAGGACUCUUCCAGACAGGUCUAACAUCUGUAAUCCAGUCUGUGGAGACUGUGGAGGAGGCAGUGGGAGAAGAUGCUCUCCUCAGCUGUCAGAUCCUAAAGUCUGAAAAGGUGGUGCAGGUCACAUGGCAGAAACAGACGAUGGAUGACGUGACCAAUCUCGCCACCUCCAACACUGUCUCUGGCUCCAGGGUGAUGUCAGACUUCAGAGGCAAAGUGGAGGUGAAAGAUGGUGGACUGCACAGCCGCUCCAUAGUGAUCAAGAAUGUGACGAAGGAGGAUGAAGGCUGCUACCUCUGCCACUUCAUCACCAAACCUGCUGGAGCACUCCCUGGCAGAACCUGCCUCAGGGUCUAUGAGCUGCAUGAACCCGUUCUACACGUGAGAGAAUCAAGUUCAAGUGAUGAGUUCCUGGUUUCCUGCUCCGCCACAGGACGACCUGCUCCAACCGUAACUCUCAACGUCACACAGCAAGACUUCUACCUCUCACAGAACCAAACUGUGUUGAUCAACACAAACGGUACAUUCACUGUCACUGUCACAGCCGUGUUGGCAGGUUUCCAUGAUGCUGGCACACUGGUUGGAUGUGCCGUGCAGGUGCUCUCCCGUAGUAAAGAGGCGUUUGUGGAGAUUCCUGACGUGAAACUGACGCCUCCUAGUGGUCUAACAUCUGUAAUCCAGUCUGUGGAGACUGUGGAGGAGGCAGUGGGAGAAGAUGCUCUCCUCAGCUGUCAGAUCCUACAGUCUGAAAAGGUGGUGCAUGUCACAUGGCAGAAACAGACGCUGGAUGGGGUGACCAAUCUUGCCACCUCCAACACUAUCUUUGGCUCCAGGGUGAUGUCAGACUUCAAAGGCAGAGUGGUGGUGAAAGAUGGUGGACUGCACAACAGCUCCAUAGUGAUCAAGAAUGUGACGGAGGAGGAUGAAGGCUGCUACCUCUGCCUCUUCAUCACCAACCCUGCUGGAGCGUUCACUGGCAGAACCUGCCUCAAGGUCUAUGAGCUGCAUGAACCCGUUCUACAUGUGAGAGAAUCAAGUUCAACUGAUGAGUUCCUGGUUUCCUGCUCCGUCACAGGACGACCUGCUCCAACCGUAACUCUCAACGUCACAGAGCAAGACUUCUACCUCUCACAGAACCAAACUGUGUUGAUCAACACAAACGGUACAUUCACUGUCACUGCCACAGCCGUGUUGGCAGGUUUCCAUGAUGCUGGCAGACGGGUUGGAUGUGCCGUGCAGGUGCACUCCUGUCGUAAAGAGGAGUUUGUGGAGAUUCCUGAUGUGAAAGUGACGCCUCCUAGUGGUUUGGAUGAAGGAUCUGGAUCUGCUGCAUUCAUCGUGAUGUGGAUUGUGGUAGUGACCUGCCUUUGUGCUGCUUCAGUCUUAGCUGUCCUGUUAAUACAAAAACUACGGAGCAGAUCCUUCGGACCGUCACACAGAGACCAGGAGAAGACUGAGGUUCCUCAAACUGCAGACGCUGAUACGGUCCAAGUACCUUUGUUCACACCAGAGAAGAGUUCGGUCAGAGAACGGACACCUCAUUCGAAAUCGCAGCAGAGAAAAGAGACAGACCCUGAGUCGUCUUCAACAGCUAGAAGAAUUCAAUCCGACCAGGUCCAAGUACCUUUGUUCACACCAGAGAAGAGUCCGGUCACAAAACGGACACCUCAUUCGAAAUUGAUGAAAAAUAAACAGACAGACCGCCAGUCGUCUUCAACAGCCAGAAGACUUGACUUUGACCAUUAGGUGGACCUUGGGUCUCCACUGAAAGUCCAAUGUACGGGGGUAUCCAGCACGUCUACAUCAGUCUUCAGACAUGUCCUGUGGUGAAUCUCCAGAGAAUCGGCUCCAGACUUUCUCCACAGUUUUCCUUUCACACAUGCACGAUGCAGUGGAGGGUUUUCUAUAUAGACGUGUUCACAACAACAAAUCCUCCCGAUUCUAACCUACACACUGUUCUAUAUGGACCCAGACCUGUUUUUAAGUUUUCAUGGAGCGUUUCUGAUUUAACCAGGCUGCUUUUUCCGUCUUUCCGGUAGUAAUUCCUGGCAGCACACGAUAAAGUUUACUUCUCUCAAUGAACAAGAGAAAGUUGGAACACAGAGAAAAGUGAAAGGUCUUAGUUGUUAAUAUUUGUUGAGAUUGUUCAAAUGGGAAAUGUAGUGAAGAAAAGGAGAAACUCAAACUACAUCUUUUUUUAUAUUCUAAAAUAUACAUCUGUGUGAAUCUGUACAAUUUUAAUCAGUAUUACAUUAUAUAUAAAAACAUUUUUUCCUACUUAUUUGUUUUGAUUAACUGUAUUUCAUAUUGCACAUAUUAGCAUUUGUUUAUUGCUCAUCUAGGUAGAAUGCACAUUUAGUGUGUGUGCGUGCUGACUCAAUCUUUGUAUCAUCAACCUACGUUGUUCUUUGUGCUAAUUCUAGUUUUUA